CCUCGCAACUCCGCCCUCUUUGUCGUCGCUUUGUGAUGACGCGCUAGAAGAGACGUGUGGAUGCUUCUGUGUUUGAAACAUGGCAGCGGUUCAACUAAGCGAAGCUGAGAAGGUUUAUAUUGUGCAUGGAGUUCGGGAUGAUUUGAGAUUGGACGGUCGAGGAUGUGAAGAUUACAGGCACGUGGAGAUCGAGACAGAUGUGGUGUCUAACACUGACGGUUCUGCCAAAAUCAGUCUAGGUCACACAGUCGUUCUUGUAGGAAUAAAAGCAGAGAUUGGUAAACCCAAACCCAUGGUACCAGAGGAAGGUUAUCUGGAGUUUUUUGUUGACUGCUCAGCCAAUGCCACUCCUCAGUUUGAGGGGCGGGGUGGAGAAGAGCUGGGGGUGGAGCUUAGCAACACGCUGUACAAAGUGUUUAAUAACAGACGCAGCGUGGAUCUGCGAUCUCUCUGCAUUUCCCCAGGAGAAUACUGUUGGGUCCUGUAUGUGGAUGUACUGCUGCUGCAGUGUGAUGGAAAUCUGUUUGACGCAAUAUCCAUCGCAAUAAAAGCUGCACUUUUCAAUACACGAAUUGCCAAAGUGCACAUAUCUGAGGAUGAGGAAGGAGGGAAGGAGAUCGAGCUGUCAGAUGACCCUUAUGACUGCAUGAGGCUCAAUGUGGAGAACGUGCCCUGUAUCGUAACCCUGUGCAAGAUCGGCCACAGACAUGUUGUAGAUGCCACCCUGCAGGAGAAAGCCUGUUCUGUAGCCAGUGUCCUGAUAUCAGUCACACAUAAAGGUACAGUCACAUGCGUCAGGAAGAUGGGAGGAGGCAGUCUGGACCCGGAGAGCAUCUUUGAGAUGACAGAGGCUGGGAAGCGUGUGGGGAAAACACUUCAUGCUCCUCUCAUGGAAUUACUACAGAAAGAAGAAAGUCUGGGCGAUAAAAGACAGAAAGUGGGUUUCCUUGGAUAAUGUCUGCUUGUUGUGUGUGUGUGUGUGUGUGUGUGUGUGUGUGUGUGUG